AUGAUGGCGAAGUCUGAUAAGAGGAAGAGAGAUGAAGAGUCUCCAUUGUUGAGGAUGGAUGCCACAAAGCAGCCCACUGCGUCCUCCCUUACUCGUGAGGGAGAAGAGGUUUCAUUCCCAAGAGGAGGUGCUUCAGCUCUGACUCCCUUGGAGUUAAAACAAGUGGCCAAUGAGGCCGCCAAAGAUGUUCUGUUCGAAGCUCAAUCAGCGGAGGCUACCGAGAGUAGCAGACCUAAAAAGAGAAAGAAAACCAGUAAGAUGACUAAGGCAAAAUCUGAAAAAUCACAGGAUGAAGCAUCUAUAGAGGUCGUCGAGCAUUUGAAUUUCAAGAAUCUGAAGAUCGGGUCCCUUCUACUUGGUCAAAUCUCAGCCAUUGGUAGACACGAACUUCGCGUCUCUUUCACUGACGAUAUAUCUGGCUACGUGAAGAUUACCAACAUAUCGGAGCAAAUCACGGCAGUUUUACAAAAUCUGGAUGAGGAUAUGGAUGCGGAAAAUGGCACUGACGAUGUUAACGAUGGCGAGUAUGAUUCUUCAGACGACGAGAAAGACGAUCAAACUGCGGAGAAGUCCUCGAAGCAACUUCCUGACCUCAACAACUACUUCAGCAUAGGCCAGUGGUUGAGGUGCUCAGUCAGUCAUAACAGCGCUUUGGAAGCGCCAAAGAAGAAAAAUCAGAAGAAGAGGAUCGAGCUGUCAAUUGAACCCUCUGUCGUCAAUGAUUUCGCAGAAGAAGACCUGGAUAAGCAUGCCGCCGUGCAGUGUUCUGUCAAAAGCAUUGAGGAUCACGGUGCGAUCCUAGAUCUGGGAAUUGAUGGUUUUACGGGCUUCAUUUCAAGAAAGGAUGUUCCUCACUUCGACAAGCUGUUGCCUGGAUCCGUAUUUCUCGCCAAUGUAUCCAAGAAAUCUGGUAGAGCCGUGACCGUUAAUAUGGACUUCACCUCCAAAAAUAAGAAGAUAAGUCAAGUGUCCUCCAUCGAUGCCGUGUCACCAGGUCAGGCGGUUGAUCUGCUCUGCGAAGAGGUCUCCAAGAACGGUCUCAAAGGUAAAGUCUUUGGAUUGAUUUCUGGUUUCGUCGGUGUUGCCCACCUGCGAACGUUCAGUGAUGAGAAACUAAAACACAAUUUUGCCAUCGGUUCCACUAUCAGAUGUAGGGUUCUUGCGUCUUUACUUAACAGAAGUGGUGACAAGGUUCUCAUUUUGAGUAAUAUGCCUCACGUAACUUCGUUAGAACCCAGGUGUUUUGAGCAGGAGAGCUUAGAGGCCUUCCCAGUCGGUUAUACUUUCGAGGCCUGCUCGGUUUUAGGACGUGAUUCUGAAUAUCUGUAUUUGGCACUUGAUGAAGAACGCAUUGGUCAAGUGCAUUCUUCCAAGAUUGGAGAGAUUAAUCUGCAAGGCGCCGUCGCCGCGCGUGUUGUCGGUUUCAACAAUGUUGACAUGCUUCUUCAGCUUUCCACCGAUCCCGAGCUACUAAAGCUCAAAUAUCUAAGGCCGAAGGACAUUCCAGUUGGCGAGAUCGUUCCACAAUGUGAAAUAAUAAGCGUUUCCAGCUCUGGUAUACAGCUUAAAUUGUUCAGCGGUCAAUUCACAGCAUUCGUUCCACCAUUGCAUAUUUCUGAUACCCGGUUAGUCUACCCAGAAAGAAAGUUCAAGAUUGGAUCGAAGGUUAAAGGAAAGAUUUUGAACAUCGAUAACCGUGGCCGCAUAUUUAUGACCUUGAAGAAGUCCCUCAUCGAUAUUGACGAUGAUAUUGACAUUAUAUCUUCGUACUCCAAUGCAUUACAGAUACACCAAAAAAACUCCAAAACCGUGGCGACCGUCCAAGCGUUUCAGCCAAAAGGCUGUCAUGUACUCUUUUUCGGUGGCAUAAAGGGAUAUUUGCCAAACUCUGAAAUCUCAGAAGUAUUUGUGAAGAAACCUGAGGAUCAUUUGAGGUUGGGCCAGACAGUACUCGUAAGGAUUCUUGAGGUGGACGAGGAAAGAAGUAGAGUGAUUGUUACAUGUAAACUUUCACUCGAUCAGGCUCAGGAGCAAAAGAAGAUUAUAGAUCAAAUGAUUCCCGGUCGCUCAAUGGUGGAUGUUACUGUAGUCGAAAAGACAAAGGAUUCGCUUGUUGUCGAAAUGAGCAACGGAGGUCUACGUGGUGUGAUUUAUGUCGGGCACCUUUCUGACUCGAGAAUCGAGCAAAAUAGAGCACAGUUGAAAAAGAUCAGAAUCGGAUUUGGUACCAAAGCUCUAGUCAUUGACAAAGAUGUCAGAACGCAAGUUUUUAACGCCACUCUCAAGCAAUCCCUGAUAGAGGACGCUGAAAAGGAAAUACUGCCCGUCACCUACGAGGAUAUCAAGACAAGCGAAGCAGCGAUGCCAAUGCAUGGAUACAUCAAAUCUAUCUCCGAAAAGGGCCUGUUUGUGGCAUUCAAUGGGAAAUUUGUUGGACUAGUUCUUCCUAGUUAUGCAGUUGAAAGCCGUGCGGUGGAUCUCUCGAAGGCGUUUUACAUUAACCAGUCCGUUACAGCAUACCUCCUGAGAACUGAUGAUGAGCAUCAGAGGUUUUUAUUAACAUUGAAAGAACCAAAAAAGAAAGUUUCGGAGAAGGAUUCUAACCUCAAAGCGCUCAAUCCUGUUGAUAUCUCUAUUACUUAUCUUGCUGAUUACAAAUUUGGCAAAGUGGUUGACGCUAAGGUCAAAGCCGUCAAGAAGAAUCAACUGAAUGUCAUUUUAGCAGAUAACUUGUACGGUAGAGUUGACAUAUCUGAGGUGUUCGAUAAUUACAAAGAUCUAAAGAACCCUAAAAGGCCACUUGAGAAUAUAAAAGUGGGAGAUAUCAUCAAAGUGAAAAUUAUUGGAAAUCAUGACACUAGAGGUCACAAGUUCUUGCCAAUAACCCACAAAAUCACUAACUCUACUGUUUUGGAGCUGACAAUGAGGAAAUCUAAACUUGACGACUUGAAUAGCGAGCUCCAAUCCAUUGACGAUGUUGUGGUUGGCCAAGAGGUUCUGGGAUUUGUUAACAAUUUUGGCAGCAAUAAUCUGUGGCUCACCGUUUCGCCUAUACUAAAGGCAAAGGUUUCUGUUUUUGAUUUAACCGACGAUAGUACAACUUAUUCGAAGGAUAUCGAGGAACAGUUUCCACUGGGAAGCGCCCUCAAGGUGACAGUGAAAAGUAUCGAUUCGGAUCACGGUUUCAUUACCGUUACUGGGCGGACGAAAGCGGUUGAAUCUUCCAAAGAUAUCACCGUUGGCGAUAGUCUUCCUGCCAAGAUCGUCAAAAUCACCGAAAAAUACGUCCUUCUCAACUUAGGAGGUGAUGUUGUUGGCAUUUCGUUUGCCACUGACGCACUGGAUGAUUUUUCCGUGCCACUGGAAACUGCUUUCAAAGGAAUGAUCGGCCAGACUGUCCCUGCGACCGUGCUAUCCGUGGAUUCUGACAACGGCAAGAUUAGAUUAUCUCUGCGGUCCAACAAUGCCAAAUCCCGCGCUAUUGCUUCUCAUAAAGAUAUUAAGCAAGGUGACGUUGUCCAGGCGCUUGUUAAGAAUGUAACUGACAAGGGAAUCUUCGUUUAUUUAAGCACAAACAUCGAGGCUUUCGUUCCAGUUAGUAAAUUGUCUGACUCCUUCUUGAAGGAUUGGAAAAAGUUCUACAAGCCUAUGCAAUGUGUCGUCGGCAAGGUUGUUAACAGUGAUGAAGAUUCUCGAAUUUUGUUGACUUUAAGAGAAUCCGAGGUGAAUGGUGAGUUAAAUAUCUUAAAGACCUAUGAUGACAUUAAGCCUGGUGAUAUUUUCGAAGGUAAUGUCAAAAAUGUUACCGAUUUUGGUGUGUUUGUCAAGCUCGAUGAUACAGUUAACAUCACUGGUUUGGCGCACCGCUCCGAAAUUGCCGAAAAAGCACCUGAAGAUCUCUCAUCUUUGUUUGGCAGUGGUGAUAGAGUGAAAGCUUACGUGCUUAAGGUCAAUCCCGAGAAAAAACAGAUCUCUUUGAGUUUGAAAGCCUCGCAUUUUAAAAAGGAAGCCGAUGCAGAACCUAUCGUGCUAGAAGAAGAUGAAGGUAAGGAAGUCAUAGGCGACUUGAUUUAUGGUGCUAGUGAGUCGGAAGAUGAAGCAGAUUUGGAAAGCGCGCCACAGCCUGUCGAGAAGAACUCUACAUCUGUUGAUGGACUGAGCUUGAGCGCAGGCUUCGAUUGGACGGCUAGCAUUUUGGACCAAGCUCAAGAGAGCGAGGAAUCUGAGGAAGACGAAGAUUUCACUACCACUAAGAAGACAAAGCGCCAAAGAAAAAAGUUGCAUAUUGUUGAAGAUAAGACUGCGGAUAUCAACGCUAGAGCACCAGAAUCGGUAGGAGAUUUUGAACGCUUAAUUAUGGGAGAUCCUAAUUCUUCUGUCAUUUGGAUGAACUAUAUGGCAUUCCAGCUUCAAUUAAGCGAAGUCGAAAAGGCCCGAGCAAUUGCAGAGAGAGCACUUAAGACUAUCAAUUUCAGAGAAGAAGCUGAGAAGCUGAAUAUUUGGAUUGCUCUGCUCAAUUUGGAAAAUACAUUCGGCACGGAUGAGUCUCUUGAAGAAGUUUUCAAGAGAGCAUGUCAGUAUAUGGAUUCCUUCACCAUCCAUAACAAACUGUUGAGCAUUUAUCAGAUGAGCGAAAAAUUUGAGCAAGCCUCAAGCUUGUUCAAAUUAGCUGCAAAGAAGUUCGGCUCAGAGAAGGUUUCAAUCUGGUUGUCCUGGAGCGAAUUUUUGCUCUCUCAAAAUCAACCUCAAGAAGCUCGGUCUUUGUUGUCUAACGCCUUGAAGGCUUUGCCCAAACGUUGUCAUAUCGAACUAGUAAGAAAAUUCGCUCAACUCGAAUUUUCUAGGGGUGAUCCUGAAAGAGCUCGUUCGUUAUUUGAAGGUCUAGUUGCUGAUGCUCCAAAGAGGAUCGAUCUUUGGAACGUCUAUCUCGAUCAAGAAAUAAAAAUCGGACAGAAGAAGAAGGUAGAGAACUUAUUUGAGCGUGUAAUCUCCAGAAAAUUAACGAGAAAGCAGGCCAAAUUCUUCUUCAAUAAGUGGCUGCAAUUUGAAGAGUCUGCGAAGGACGAAAAGACUGCUGAAUACGUCAAGGCAAAGGCCGUCGAAUACGCAGAAAAAACCCUCAAACCUGAAAGCAACUGA